GUCGCUCGUUUCCCAUUGGCCGCGCGGGGACGCAAAACUGUGCGCGAGGCAGAAUAAUAACAGACACCGAGAGGGAGCAGAGCCGAGCCGAGCCGGGCCUGGUCGGCCACGGGCUGAGGAAGGGAACCGCGCUGAGCUGGGAUUCGGGAGGCGAGAAAUAGGUCCGGAUCCCCAGCCGAACCGGGGUGAGGAGUACACCACAUCACAUUCAGUCUGAACUCAGCAAGCAGUGAACCGGGACGAGCAACAAAAUCGGAGCCCGUCGGGACGGUCGGAGAAGCUGAGUCGGGACACCGAUCCCGAUCCUGGGGCGGGCGCAGGAGAAGCUGCUGGAGCGAGUAGGGAGCGGGCAGGGAUUCAGCCGCCUGACUUAAAUUUUUGUCCCGAACCGUGCGGUAGGGAGCCCGGGACUACACUGCCAACAUCACGGAAGAGAAGCUGGCUCAAACCGCUCUUCCUCGCCGUCCAGACAAACGGCUAAGCUGGGAAGAGGCAGGCUGAGCCCAGGGGGCAGGGGACGCCGAGUGAGGGGUCCCGAGCAGAGAACAACGGUCGGGGCAUUGCACCGGGAAGUGAGCGGGCGAGGGAAGCCAAGCUGCCCAGAGUCCCAUCCAGCCACAGCCAGGACAACGAGUCCACGGUUCUGACAGUUUCCCUUGUGGUGUCUGUGUGGAGAAGGCCACACACACUCCAGUUCAACGACGGCUUUUGCUUGCAUUUUCCAGUGUUUCUUCUGUCAAAGAGUGCACCAGGCCUGUAAUUCUUCGACUGCCAGCCCUGAGCUCAGCAGUGAAGAACACCCUUUGGAAAUGGUGAAGAUGACGAAAUCAAAAACCUUCCAGGCUUAUUUGCCAAAUUGCCACCGGACAUACAGCUGCAUUCACUGUCGAGCUCAUCUUGCAAAUCAUGAUGAGUUAAUUUCCAAGUCAUUCCAGGGCAGCCAGGGCCGUGCAUACCUGUUCAACUCUGUAGUGAAUGUAGGCUGUGGCCCUGCUGAAGAGAGAGUGCUGCUGACUGGAUUGCAUGCUGUGGCAGACAUCUACUGUGAGAACUGCAAAACGACUCUGGGAUGGAAAUAUGAACACGCCUUUGAGAGCAGUCAGAAGUACAAAGAAGGAAAGUUUAUUAUUGAACUGGCCCACAUGAUUAAAGACAAUGGAUGGGAGUGACCAGUCAGCUACAGACCCCUGCUGCUCUGUGUUAAGACUGUAUGAGCCUGAUCUAAUGGACAGAAAAUGCUCUGCUAUAAGACAGCUCCAAGAACAUUUGCUGACUUUAUUUUUAAAAACCUUACAGCUGAACCAUUGAUGUUGCCUUCUUGUUGGCCCUUUGCUUUUUUUUUAAUCUUUGUCUAGGUUUGGUGUUCUCUUGUGUGAAACACUGUAAAACAACUAUAAAUGAGAAUCUUUUUUUCAAAAGCUCUUUACAGUUUGAGUGAGAAGAAAAAAAUGACACUUUUAUUUUUUUGGAGAGUUUAGCUUUACAAAUGAUUGUUUUGAACUAGGCUGUUCUCACUUCCCCUCCUUUAAACUCCCCACUGUGUGUGUCUCUUCUAUUGCUGUUCAUGCUCUGAUACAAAACUGGGUUAGAUGACCAGCAUGGAGAUUAUUGUAAAGGGAGUUUAUAUAUGUACAUCUAAAUGUAGCAUUUUUAUUUUUCAAUUAGUUGUUUUGGGACCGGGAAGUAAUGGUUGCAGUAUUGUGACAUUGAGGUACAGUUGAAUCCCAUAGGCUGCAAUUGGUUCUUUUCUCCCAGGCUGUUUCUAGAUGGCCAGUGGGCAUAAAUCUAGCAGCUGUAACAUUAAUGGGAGCUGUGGUUUGGGGUGGGUGAUAAGGGGGUACAGAGGGCCCACUAAAAUUGUACAAAAUGAGAUAAAGGAAGCAUAUGGCUGGCUCCAUGUUGCAGUAUACUAAUGCACUGGACAAAAUUGGGCGCAAAAGUAGGUUUUUGGGCAUAACAUCCUUUUAAACAUAGAGCUGGACUCCUGGUCUGCGGACUGUUAAAAUUUAACAGACGCAUGAAAUUCCUUUGCCUGGAAUAUGCACACACUCCAGAACUUUGGUUUUCCUUUUAUUUUUAAAAAAAACUUCUUUUCCUCAUUCUUCUGUUCUGAACUCUGCUUCCUAAGUUCUUUUUACAAAUGGUCAUUCCCAGUUCUUGGAGUAUGGAUAGUUUCUGGGUGCAAUGGUUUGCUGGUUAAAUCAUUUGUUUUGUCAUACGGGUGCACCUGUGACAUAUAAUGGUGCACUCUGCUGCUAGAAGUUUCAUAUGCAGUGUUAACAGGAAGGUCCAGCAGAUUCUGUUUUUUUAAAAAAUAUUGUAUUCCACUCGCCACUUAUAGCCAACACUUUUUUUGCCUGCUCUCUUGCUGUCAGAAUUCUCAUUCCCUGGUGCCGUGCAUUAAGUUGAAAUUCUUGGGGAUGGGUCCUGAUCAGAUAAGCACCACUGAAGAAGGAACAUUUUUGGAAAAAAGUAAGGGGCCAGUCUGGUUACUGAGCCAAAUUUUCAAGAGGGUCGCACUACAGAUAUUAAAUACUUGAAGCAGAUUACAGAUCGAGGAUCUUGUUGAACCAGUUUCCCUAUAUAUUAAAAAAAACAUUUUUGUACAUUUAGAAGAAGAAGAAACAUAUUUAAGGUUUUAUACAUAUUUUUACUGGGUAAGUUGAUUUGCUUCCCCUGCCUGAGCACUUUUAUUCUCUGUAAUUCUUGUUUUGUUACAAUAACAUUUAACUUUGCAAUCUGAUUUAGUGUGUUUUUUUUUCAGAUUUUGUGAUUUGCCUUUCAUUUUUAGAAUUUUUUUAAAAAUAAAAGAUGAGAGGGUUGGGGAUGAGGAAGGGCACCUCCUCUUGGACCAAUGGAGCAGACUCUUGAGCUGGCUUAUCCCAGGAUGCUUGUCUAUUGGUUUAAACUCUGAAAGCUGGUAACAUGUUUAAUUUAUUUUUAAACUUUUUUUCCCAUGCCCUAUAAUUAAAAAGUUUUUUUUCUUUUUGAGAUUUUUUUUUUUGUUUUAUUGGGGCUUUAGAGUUGUUAAUAUCCAUCCAGUAGUAAGUGAGCUUAAGGGCAUUGGCCGUUUGGUGUUAGGACAAGUGUUAAAUCUGGAGCAUUCUUUUCUACAAGGGUGACUGAUAAUAUUACAAGUUCUAAAGCAUGUUAUAUAUUGGUAAAGUAAAUGUCUUUUUUUCCUGCCUGAAUUCUUUUAUAUUUUUUUAAUAAACCUUUUGAAUGCUUUACUACCUCUCUUCACCCCAACCCUCCAUAGAUAUUGGGACUAUACAUUGCUUUGCUGAUCUGUCUUGAAACUACAUCAACUUUGUGCAGCAACUCACUGUAUUGUACUGGAGUUAAAUAAAAGACUUUCACCAGGACACGGCCUGUCUGUUAAUG